AUGAGCACAUUUUAUGUCUUCUUUUAUCUCGCUAUCUUUGUCACCUUUUCUAAUGCAGUGCAGAUUAAAAUUCUAGUUGGUAACGCAUUUGGACAAAAUGUAUUCGAACCAAAUGUUGUAAAUGCUAGCAUAGGUGAUAUUAUCCACUUCAUUUGGACGCAUGGUUCACAUAGUGUGAUUGAAUCCGAUGCAGCGGCAAGCUGCGUAAGAUCCGCAAAACCUAAUGCCUUUAGUUCAGAUGGCGAAUUUUCAGCACCUAAAGUAUUUUCUACUAAAAUCACUCAAGAAGGCAAACAUUGGUUCUAUUGUGGAGUUCCUGGACAUUGUAAAAGUGGCAUGUACGGUACUCUCAUCGUUGGAAAUGAUGAUUCCGGGGGAACAAAUAAUGAAACUACAAAAAUUAUAAACCAAGAGGGACAAAAUGUGUUAAUAUUUGCAAUAGCAUUUAUUUUAUUUGGUUUUAUCAUGGACUUACUUUUUCUCUUUUAUGACGCAAGAAAGGUUCCAGAGCUCUAUAUAACAAGUCUUGUAGUCUUGAUAGUUCCAUUCGGUUUAAAUGUUGUAUUUAUGACUGCAACGAUGAUUCAUGAAAUUAAGACAAGUGAACAUAAUUGGUUUAAAGAAAUUUCAACUUAUUUUCUGGCAUUAGUAAUAAUAGUUAUAGGAUCAGAUUUUGAUGCGUGGAAAUUGCUUGAAUCACGAAUUGGCAAUUUAAAAGGAUUUAAUGCACCACUUUCUGAUACAUCCAAAAUGUUUAUGUUAUGGUGUAGAUUGGAAGCAAUUAAACAUAUCAAACAUAAUGCGGGUGAGGAUGAAAAAAAUCAUAGUGUAGAUACAAGUGAAGAAAGUAACGAUUAUGUAGGUGCAAGUGAAGAUAAUAUGGUUCAAGAAAGUCCAAGUGCGCGGUAA